AUGCCUGACCAUUGUUGUGUACCUAAUUCAAAUUAUGCUGGAACUGAAAAUUACGUGAGUGUGUACAAAUUUCCAAUGGAUGAAGCAAACAAGCAGCUUUGGGGCUGUAAGAUUCCUCGUGCGAAUUUCACACCAUCUAAACGAAGUGUUGUUUGUGAAAAACAUUUUCGCGAAGAUAUGAUUGUACGUGAGGAUGUAUACACGGAUAAAAAUGGAGUGAUUUCAAGAAUUCCAAGAAAACGGCCAAUGCUAAAAGAUGGUGCAUAUCCAUGCAUAUUUAACGGCUGUCUAAUGUAUAUGACCGAAAAGCCGCCAGCAGUCAGGAGAAGUAGAAUGGAAAAAGAGGAAUAUUCACACGUUUCACAGAAAAUGACAAAAUUAAUGGAUUUGAUAAAUUGCUAA